UUUUUGCCAAAUAGCGCGGGGUUUGUUACCGUCACGCGGCUAGUUCGCGUGGGUGUUAUUCACACAUCUUGUAUUCCUGUUUGAAUUUUGUCGCGGGUAUUUUUUUGUAUUUUUACUUUAGGUUAUAGUUUAUAACUUUUCGUUUGCUAUGGAUACGAAGCACCUCGUUACCCAUUCUCUUAACCAAGCUAUUCCGCCGAAGUCGUUACUCGACGACUAUUUUAGCUUGCAGUUUGGCCAGACCCCGUUCGAUAUUCUCCUGGAUUCGCUCAAUGAUCUUAACAACAAAAACAGAGAGAACUUAAAAAAUGUUUCAGAGGAAUGCGGUAGUUUUAAAGAGAGCAGCAUAGUGGAGUGUGUUUUCCUUAUAUGUGAGGAGUUGAAGCUGGAUCCGUUUGUUGGAUAUCAAGCCGUCGAAAUACUGGAGAGGUUCAUGGUCAAACAUGUUCAAGACCUGUUUCACGGCCUGGGAUAUGUUAGGGGCACGGCUGAGAACGCGGUUUUUUGCAAGCUGAAAGACAAAAUAAAUGUGUUGGUGUUCACCUGUGUUCAGCUGGCGAGCAAGAUGGCGCAGCAUCUCUGUGUGAUUGACAGCAGCACGGCGGUGAAUUUCUUGCACUCCAUGGGCCUCUCCUGUUCUAAAAAGACACUUCUUGAGUCCGAGCUUCUCAUCUUAGGAACCCUGGAAUUCUGCAUCAAUGUUCCUAAUCCUCUUACAUAUGUCGAGACACUGCUAGAAGCGCUGAAUUACAAUGCCACAGUGUUGUCCAUCCCAAGCAUGUACACACUAUGCAAGCGGGUGCUGCAGUUUGUCUACUUGCAAAGAAGCCCCAUUUAUCACUCCUUGCUGGUGGCCACCACUGGGUGUCCCAGUCCAUGCCAAGAGCAGAGAGCAAAAUUUGUUUCCGUGAAGGAAGACUAUAUGCUUUUAGGCGUGGGGAUCAUUGCCACAGGUGCUUUCAUCCUUAACUUUGCCAUAUGGACAGAGGUAGUGGAAGAACUCUGUCAUAUAACAGGAAUUUCUGCACGGAGUAUUAUGGACUUCACACAUAUAAUCUUACUGCACAUUGUAAACAAUGAAACUCCACAGAAAUCUAAAUGUGCUCCUGGUGCUUCAAGGUAAAAUUACAAACUUUGUUUUAUUGUUUAAUAAUUCUUAUAUAUUAAUAAUUUUUAAUAAGACAAGUAAACAUCAGUAAUGACCAAAUUUUUUGUUUGUUUUUUGACUGGUUUGCAUCACCCUUAAAUCCCAACACAUUAGGAAACAAUAGCUGUAAUUUUGAUUUGUUUUGUUAAAUUAUUCAAAUGUUGUCAUACGUUUGGAAAUAAAGACCUGAAACUGA